UUGGGCAAGAGCGCGGCAGCUGUGGCUUUGAUUGGUCAGCACGGCAGUCCGUCACUCGCGUUGUCAAGUUCCUGGAUGAACAUGGCGGCGGUGGCAGCAGAAAAGCGGCGGGGCAGGAAUGCAGCUCUGUCCGUCGCGGCGAUUGCGAUCGUGGUGGGGCUGCCCCUGUGGUGGAAAACCACGGAGACGUACCGCGCCUCGCUGCCCUACAGCCAGAUCAGCGAGCUCGACACGCUGCGGCUGCAGCUGACAGUGGAGCUAGAGGUGGUCUUCUCCAAGGGCAGUCUAACAGCAGAGCAGCAGAAGACAGCCCAGCUGCAGCAGAGCCGCGAGGUGGAGCAUCUGCUCAACUCUAAAACAGAACUGAGGUACAAAUACGAGACCAAGUAUCGCACUGCUACUGUGAUGGAGGACGAUGCACUAAGACUGGAGAGUGUUGAAGCAGCCGAUGUGUCCCUGUCCAAGCUGAAUGAAAGCCCCUCUGGCUCGCUGGUUAUCUACGUGAUCCCAGAGACCUCUGCACUCCUCCCCCAGGGGGUCAGCGUGUACGUUGGGAAGCACAGGACAGCGCUGCUGCGGACCCUCCAGGACAAACGGGCGAAGCUGGGGGAUGUGCUGAGGGGGCUCCAGCCUGACAUCCAGAGGGUGGUGGAGACCAUGUCCUUCUCCAACGGCGACAUCAAGGCAGCGCUGAGCGACCGCGUUCCUGUCAGGAAGCUGGGCAAGGAGAGCCUGGCGGACAGCAUGAGAACCUUCAAAUCCAGCCCUGGCUAUGAGAUCACUUUCAGCCUGUUGAACCCAGACCCCAAGUCUCACGAUGUGCACUGGGAUAUCGAGGGAGCCGUGGAGAGCUACAUCCAGCCCUUACUGAGCAAGCUGUCUGGAGUGGCCAACUUCUCCGUGGACUCCCAGAUCUUGUAUUAUGCAAUCCUGGGCGUCACGCCACGCUAUGACAGCACAGUUUCCAGCUACACACUGAAUACAGAGAGCCUGCCUCACGUCAUCAAUCCUGUGGAAGCCAGGCUGGGUUCCAAUGCAGCUUCCUCUCACCCUGUGCUCAACUUCCUGCUGUACGUGCCCGAUUACCCGCACUCUCCUCUCUACAUCAAAGACCGGGGCGGAGACAAAGUGCCAACCAACGCCUUCCACAGUCCUCGCUGGGGCGGCAUCAUGGUGUACAACGUGAAUGAGACGUAUACAGACCCCCCUCGGCUCCCAGUUCACAUCAGCAUCGACAUGGUUCGGGUUAUGGAGGUGUUCCUUGCACAGUUAAGGUUGCUGCUGGGAGUGCAGCAGCCCCACGCUCCGGCUGAUUUCCUCCUGCAGAGCCCCGGGAACGAGGGGCUGACAGACUGGGAGCUGGACCGUCUGCUGUGGGUACGGACCGUGGAGAACAUCGCCACGGCAACCACCACCCUCACCUCGCUCGCCCAGCUCCUCGACGAGAUCGGGAACAUCGUCAUCAACGACAACAUCGCCUCGGAGGUGUACAGUGCUGUUACCUCCGUCCAGGCUGCUAUAGCAGAGCUGGAGGCUUGCAAUCUGGGCUUGGCCUUUCAGGCCAGCAAGGAAGCGACCCAGUCCUCUGAGAAAGCCUUCUUCGACCCCUCCCUGCUCCACCUCCUCUACUUCCCAGACGACCAGAAAUUUGCCAUCUACAUCCCACUGUUUCUGCCCAUGUCUGUGCCUAUUUUGCUGUCCCUACUCAAGAUCGCCAGCGAGCACCGACAGAGGCGUAAAGAGCCAGCCAAAAUAGAUUAGUAGUAAGUAGAUUACCUGAUGUUACACUACACAACGUCUAUACUCGAGGCUGUCAAUCAGCAACUUCUUUUCAAUUACAAAUGUUUGAAGUCACAAAGCACUUGCCAUUCUGUGCCCAUGAUCCAGUGGUUUUAAGACAUGUCUGUUUAAGUUAUUAAAAAGCAAGAUCUACCUUUUGUAAUGUUAUUUUUUAAAUGCUCUUUAUAAAAGCAUUUUGAUUAUUUAAAAAUGUAUAUUUGUUUUUAAGUUUCAGACUGUGCAGCUUUGGUGUCUGUACAGUAACCCUGCUUGUGCAGGUGUCCCCAGAACAAGCAAACAAGAACUUUUUUGGUUAGAGUUGUUUAUUUAAAUGAAUGAAAUAAAGAUGGUAAAUACUGUACAUUAAAUUGUGAAUGUUGUACCUGCUCAGUGCCUAUGGAGUACAAGGCAGAUCACCAAUAAACAUCUCAGUUGGGAAAUCCAGAUUAACAGAAGUAAUGAUGACAGUGCAUUUAAAAAUGGGUUUCUUUUUGCUUUCAAACCAAUUAAACACCAGAGUGAACCUUGACUUACCGGUCUCCUACCCGAAUCAGACAAGCCCGAGGAACAGAUCAGCCUGGGAGAAUGUUCCGAGACCCCCCCCCACCCCCCCACAGCAGCUCAGCUUGGUUAUACUGCACUGCAGUUUCCAAAUCCUCAAUCCAGUGGCAGAAUGAGAACACUGUCCCUGCUUACUACACUGCUAAACACUAAGAGAUGAGAAGAACAAUCAGACAAAUACAUCAUUUUCUUUCAAGAGUUUUAUUGUGAAAUUAAAUCAACACUACAAAUGAAGCCUCGUUGUAUGCCAAUAGAAGACCUGUUUUACCCGUUAUGUUUAAAAUAAUGGUGGAAGCCAAUUCAGGAAAAAAAAAAAAAAAAAAGUUAUAAAAAUAAAAAAGCACCAAUUUUACUUGAAUGACUCAAAAGCCCAUCCCUCCCCACUUUCUCCCUUCCCCACCCCGCCCGCCGUUUUAAAAUUUACCAAACUCCUCAUGCGGAUUCCAUCCAAGGAGAUUGCUCCUGGUUCCUGGUCCUCGCUUUGCUCCUCUUACCAAAAAAAAUCCCAUGACCGUGCAUCUGUGGGGGGUGUGCCAAAACUGACCAAUUA